UUAAAAAAAAAAAAAACAUGUCUUGGGUUGAAGAAGAAGUGAGAGCAAAGGCGCAAGUGUACAGAGGAAACGAGGUGUGCAGAGAGAAAACGAGGCUUUUCUUCAAGGAAUUGGGCGUGCCCAAUGGGUUGUUGCCAUUGAAGGACAUCGAAGAGUUCGGUUAUGAGCAAGAGACGGGAUUCAUGUGGCUGAAACUGAAACAAAGCAUAACCCACAAGUUCCAUAAGAUCGGGAAAGUUGUGUCUUACGGCAACGAGAUCACGGCCGUGGUGGAGAAGGGUAAGCUCAAGAACCUAACUGGCUGCAAGGGGAAAGAGCUCUUCUUGUGGAUACCCAUCAACGAGAUGGUUGUAGAUUACCCUACAAAGGGAAAGGUCACCUUCAAGAUCCCAUCCGGACUGAGCAAGUCUUUCCCUGCCUCGGUGUUUGAUGAUGAGGACGGAGUUCACUGUUAGAUUAGUUCCUUUUUUCCCGUCAAAGAUGCUAGAUUAGGUCUUGAUCUUUUCUUUUUCUUCAAGAUUGAUUCAAGAAUUACCAAGAAACCAAAUCUUGAAGAGUUUGCGUCUGUCUGCUUCUUCUGCCGCGUAUAUAUGUUCCGAGUCAUGUCUCUCUAUAUAUAGCAUCAUUAUCCAAUCGAAUAUCAAUAAAAGUUUGAUUCUUUA